AGGGGGGCGGUGGCUCGCUCGCGGCCGAGCACUUUUUUUAUCGGUUCCGCCGGCUCGCUUCGGGACGAUAACAAUGGCCGGUGGCCGAGAGAGCCGCGAUGAGCGCGAUAGGCGUCCGGACACUCGGCGACGACGACGACGAUGUAUGAUCGCGCCGUGUCACACCGUCGUCGACGGCUGACUCGUUCGGUAAUCUCGACGAGCGGCAUCGCGACUCGAGAGUUCCGUACAGCUGGAAUCUCAACGCGUCAAAGUCCUCGAUAAUGUCCGCUGACGUUCACCGGCGAGAUCCUGACGAUUCUCUUUCGAAUCGUGGAAUCGCGCGCGAUAACGGAUAAACAGGGGAAUUAUCGAGGCGUGUAUCGAUCGUUGGCUGACCAUUAAAUGCCUAUAUUUGUAAUGGACUUGGCGGAAACUAUGAAGAACAUUGUUGCCAAAGGUAUGCAAACAGAAAUGGGUCCACCAGGUGGAGGAUCAGGCUACUCUGCUGCACCGAGCAGUGCUGGUUACGUCACGGAGAAGAUGUACAUGUUGUUACAAGCAUAUUUGCAAAAUAAGGGAUGGAAUCCCAGCAUUGAGCUGCUACAAUGUUUUUCAGAAUUUAAGGAUGCCUCCAUGAUGCCAAGCGCUGCUUAUUUACAGAUGAUGGCAUCUCGAGUAGCAUUGGAUUCACAGGGAAGACUAGUCCUCAGAGAAAAUGGAAAGAUAAUACUUCCCUAUGAACACUUUGCCAAUGCUGUCAUGUUGAAACAUAUGAAUGGCCCGCAUGGCUUACAUUUGGGCUUGGAGGGUACAGUCAGAGCAGUCAUGGAGUCUUAUACUAUUGGAAGAGAAUGUUUUGGAAUGGAAAAGGAAUUUAUCAUAGAAGUCGUGCAAAACUGUCCCAAUCCCGCUUGUCGUUAUUAUAAAAAUCAACUGGAACUCACUCAGAAGAUGGGUCACAUGGCACCAACUUAUAUCCAGGAAAAUGAAGCGACUGCAUCUCUUUUGCGUAGCAGUUUUCCACAUAGUACAGAUUUUCAGGCAACACUAGGUAGUGCUAAUCCAAAUACACAUAUGGGAGGAGGAUCCGCAGCAGAUUUAGCGGAGAUGAGAGGUGCUGGUAAUCAAAUGAAUCUUCAACGUCCUCCAAGCCGUCCAUCAUUGAAUAUUCCGCAUCGGCCUGUAUCGCAAGAGAAAAAAGUGUCAUCUGGCAAGCAACAUUAUGAAUCUCUAAUACCUAAUAUUCCAAUCUCUGAUCAUAAGUUGACAGACUUCUUACGCAAUAAUUUGGAUAACUUGGACAAUCUCACUGGACUUGGUUUGGGUAACUUACAAGGAAUAGGAAAUGCCAACAAGGAUCUGUUGGCAUUGCACAAUGGUGCAUGGCCUUUAGAAAAUGAAAAAGGAUCUCGGUCAUCAUCUGCAAAUUCGGAAGGUGGUCAAGAGAAGAUUGUGCGUGCUUUCGCAGAAGUGAUGAAGAACAUGGCAAGGAUGAAAGCCUGUGUACGACCGGCGAUGUGCAAACCAUAUGGCAAGCAAUCCGAGGCUCUGCAAAAAACAUUGGUCGAUACAAUACAGCUUGUACAAUCGUUGAGAAGCUUCUUGCCACCUCCGCAUAUACCAGUUUCGAGCUGGAAGAAUGAAGAUAAACACCGAUUAGAUCAUUCUGGUGCUCCUUAUUUGUCAACAUUAAAAGCGGGUGGAAUGGAAGAAUUGUGCGAACAGCGUAAGUUAGAUUAAGCGUCGUCUUCGCUUCACUCGCGACAGACCAAGUUUCGUCUUUUUGCGCUCUAUGAUGUUCUAGUCACAAGAUGUUUAUUGAUUAGCUGGGUGUUUCGUAUUUAAACAACCCGAUGGAUUGCUCAAAAAAGUUGUUGGCGUUUAGGACUUCAAAUACUAAGAGACAAAAUGAGUCAUGCGUGGACUGUGAUAAACGUGAGUAGCGAGAAAAAAAAAGAUUUAUAUGUAGGACUAAACUCACACCGCGUCAUUUUAGGGAUCCUUAUUAAUUUUAUUUUAUCGCUGUAAUUUGACUGUAUUGUAAUUGUUCUGCCUAUGGGGCUUAUUCGGUGAAUAAUAUAUCGAUUAAACCCGCGUUAUAUACCGAAUGUCGAGCGAAUUGACGCUACGAUGAAAGUAAUACACGCGCAGUAUGAACAGUAUUUAUAUUUUACUAUAUCAAUUUAACAAUUUUGCCGCUUGUGUUCCAACGAUUACCUGAUUAAUAAUAUAUCGCAUAGGACUUUUUUAUAUACUAUGUAUAAAAUUGUUACACAUAUAUAAGCUUAAGCUCGGAAUAAGAAGCAAAACUAAAUUGGCCUGGUACAAAAGCUUUUGCUACUAAUUGAUAUUUAAUGUUCGCAGCAUAGAUGCAUAAAGACGAUUUUUUUUAUUACCAAGUUUCACAUUAUUUUAUUUCAUAUGUUUUUAAUUGUUUAUUUUGUAAGAUAUAAUAUAUUCUUUAUAGUAGCUUUCAAUUAACAUAAGGCGGAGUUAUUCAAUUAGCAAAAAAAAAUUGUUGUGUGUUCAAUUUAUGUAUAUAUAUUUUCUUCAAAAAGAGAUAUGUAUGCGUUAUUAUUUAUUUUUAAGGAUAAAAUGAAUAUAUAUUGUUGUUAUUUCUAAUACUGUUUGCUGAUCAAGCAUGCGAGUACGAAUGUUAAAAGCUGUGAACUAAUUUUUAAGCUCCAUGGGCAGUAUAUGCGUUGUGCACGUAAAAAAGUCAUUGGUCAAUUCAUAGAUAUUUUUUAAGAAACAGAUUAUUUCUUAAUAUAUAUAUAUAUAUAUAUAUAUAUAUAUAUAUAUAUAUAUAUAUCUACAUACAUAUAUAGUAAAGGAAAAAAAAAAAACAAAAAAAAAACAAAAAAAAAAACGAAAAUCAUUGCGUCAUUUGGGAAUUUUGCAUUGACGCUCAAAGACUUUUCACCGUGCACUAAGUAUUAUUAUGCAGAAACGUUUUUAUUCUUGCGAAAUAAAAACUACGUAUUGGAGGAUUGCGUUUGUGAUUUUGAUCGAUCGCUGCCUCGAGAAUAAAUGGCAUAUCGUAAUAAUUGCUGGAGUAAAAUCGUUUCCCACUCGAUUGUUAUACGCGCAUAUAAACGAUACGAGAUAAAAUGUUUCCUUCUUUUUCGAUAAGGUAAUAGGCAUUCGUCUUUGAAUGUAUAAGAAACGAUGUGUACCGCGAAUGGAAAAUAGCGCGCGGUACUCGAAUGCGUGGGCUGUGUUUUGUGAGAUCUGCAUGUGUGCAUCUGAGAGAGACUGCGGAGUUUUGGCUAUCAAAUAGCAAAAUUUUAUAUGAAUGCGCGUAUGUUAAAGAUGUCUUUCUAUACAUGUAUCUGUUAUAUUUACUACACACGUAUGCAGCGAAUGUGCCGAUCGAUUACCAUUUUAGGAGUCGGAUCCAUGAUCUGUAUAGUAUUAAUAUGUUUGUUUUGUUCCUUUCUGAUUCCCUGUUCGGCAGAUUAAUCUUUCAUAUUUUAAAAUAAUUUCUCUCUUUUUCGUUCUAUAUUUGUUGCAAUUAGAAAUGGGAUACAUACAGAGAUACGAUUAACAAAUCUGAAGAAUAAUUUUCUCAAUAGCAGUUUUCUUUAUUUAUUUUUGACGUAUAGUGAUUUAAACGAACGCAGAUCCGGCUUCUGUAGACUGCGUUUUUUGUUGACAUACAUAUACGUAUAUAUAUAUGGACAAAGAGGCUGCUGCAAUAUGGUUCAUAAUUCGACGAUAACUUGUUGUACACCAAAGUGUAUUUCCAAUAACUAGAUGGACUUUUUUUUUUCUUAUAGUAGUUAUUAUUACGUAAAAAAAGAAAUGCAAACGUACCAUCGUUUGUCUUGCAAUUGGUCGGUCAUAUAACCGAUGCACAAUUAAGCAUAUCCAUGACUAAGUCGCUGCAAUUUAUGCCAAACGGAGAAAAGGGAGUGCGGAAACAGAGUCUGACGAGAGAGAAGAAGAGUGUUGAUCUGACAUGUAGAAUAGAAUUUCGUGAGACAUUGAGGGCUGCGUUCGAGAUUAAUCUAUAGUCCAUCUUCGCCUAUUAAUUAUUUGAACACAAUCGUACAAUUGCUCAAAAUAUGUGAUGAGAAAUUUAUCUUUUUAAAGCAAAAGUCGCAAAACUGCAGUAAGACAGUUUUACUCUCCCCUAUUCGUUCUAGUCUAGUCUUUGACAUCAUCAUUUUACGUUUCUAAAUUAAAUUAUUAUUAAAAUCUAAAAAGAUUCGUUUUUCGCGUUACCCGUUUAAGAUCAACUUUAUCGCUGCAAUGUCACUGCGACUGACGCUAUAUACACAUACAUACAUACAUACAUACAAUAACUUUAACAUUGUUUUUUUGAGAAUAUUUAAUCAUUCAUCAUUAUAAUUAGCGAGACCACAAAGAUUUGGAUUCAAGAGGGACGUUCUCGAACGGAGUCGAGCACAUUAAGGAAAAGGGCGAAAGAAGAAGAAAUACAGAUUUCGUUUCCGGAUCUCGUUAUUCUCGCGCUCGUUAUUAUCUAUACCAUAGAAAACCGUGUACACGUUUCCGCACCGAAUUCAACAAUAAGAUGAUAAAAGAUUGUAAAAUGCGCACCGUUAUGUCGAUCCGUUGUUCUCUUUUUAAACUCGGAUCGCCAAUCGAUAUUCGUACACCAAACGCUAACUGCUGUGUCUGCACAUUAAGCUCGUCGUCGCUUGCCAGUAUUGCUCUUCUGUAUUCUCGCAUAAUUCUAACUCAUGACAGCAAUUAUUAAAGUUUUUACAAGUGUGAAAGGAU